AGCUUAGUUCUGAUAACAUUCAGACGGGUUACAAAUACAAUUAUAUCCAUCCUAUUGAAGGAAUAAUUUAUAAUUAUGGAACAAGCGAGUAGUUAAAUGAAUAAUUGAUAGUAUCAUUAGCAGUUGAAAGGGUCAACUUGCAAUUGCUCAUUUUAAAAUGAAUCACUCGGGUAUCAACAGCGAUGGUUUUUUCAGGAACACGACGAUCGUUUGGUUGGAGAAUUCAACACUCGCCAGCUAUAAUGUGACCAACAGUUCGGGUGUUCCAGUGACUGGACCAAUUAACCACAUGGUGAAGUCGGCUAUGGCUAUUUGGAAAUAUGGAUCCCCGGUGCUCGUGACGUUAGGAUUUAUGUUCAAUACAAUGGCGAUAGUUGUACUACUCCAAAAGAAUCUGCGGAGAAAGACAUCAAGCUUGUACCUGAUCGCAUUGGCAAUUUCUGACACGAGCGUCUUAAUGAACGGCUACUUAAGAUUCUGGAUAAUUAUGUCUACAGACGAGAAACUUAACAUCAGAGAUAUAUCUCAAGCCGGUUGUAAGAUUAUGACAUUUCUGCUCUAUCUGAGUAACCAAUUUUCUGCCUGGAUGUUGGUCUGUAUAACCGUGGAGCGACUGAUAGUCGUGUUUGUUCCUCACAAGGCCAGGUUGAUCUGCACUUUCCGCUCAACAGCGCUGACAAUACUGUGUGUGUUUGUCGUCUUAUGUAUUGUGAACAUGCACUUCUUUUGGUCAACGGGGAUUCUUCAGCAAAUUCAGAUAUGUCGCUGGUUACCGGGAUUCGACUUCAUCAAAAAUGUGUACCGUUGGGUCGAUUUCGCCCUAGGGUCAAUCAUCCCUUUUAUUGUCAUGAUUGUGUCGAACGUCAUCAUAAUUGCUAAACUUACGUGUUUCAGGCGGCACAUUCAAUCCAACCAGAACACCAGCUUUGGACGAAUGGCUGUGAUGUUAGUGACGGUUAACUUCACUUUUAUCGUUCUUACAUUGCCAAUCUUAUUGUAUCUUGUUCACGGGUUUGACCACUGGUAUGUAGAGGAUCGAUCAAGAUUUUACCUACUAUGGGCAUGUCUUAAUCUAGUGUUUUACUCCAAUAAUGUACUAAACUUUGUAAUGUAUUGUAUAUCGGGGACAGAUUUCAGAAGUACACUUCGAGAUGGAAUUUGUAAAUUGUUCCUUUGUUGUAAGGAUUGCCAGCACUUACCAAAUAGUAGUUUAUGGACUAAUUUGUCAAUGGGAAAGAGAACUUCGGAAACCCGAUCUAGCAGUCCAUCAAGAAUUUACCCGCAUUCCAGUAAAGCUCCAAGAUGUCAUGAAAUCGAGGAAUUGAUUGAUAAACAAACCAGUACUGUCUGAAUUGAAUCCUUGAAUCGAUGUUAAGACAUCAGUGAAUUCUGAAUACGAGUCCUUAUAUAUGGUAAAACAGUGAAUUUGUGAUUUCUGAAAUGAUUAGCUACUUCGUUCAUAAACGUCUUUAAUACGUCCAUCUCAUUCGCAGUUAAUUCAGGUCGUACAUGGUGACCGGAAAAAAGAGACCCAAACAAUUUGAAUAACUUCCUUAUUAAUGAUGAUUUUGUUUUCAUUUUCAAGAGAAUAUAGUUAAUUCAAUGGAAAUGUUGUUAAAAUGUCACCUUAGUCAAUAUGCCAUGGGCGUUGAAAUAUAAAAUGUUUGUGGUAGAGACCCAUUU